UUUCGACGGCACUGAGAAAAUCUGUAUCAAAGAACUCUUUUUCAUGAUUGUUUUCGGACAACGGAUAAUAUUGUUCGCUGGUUUUUGAAGGAAACAAUAAAGAUGUCUUAAUGGAUAUUUAGCCUCCAGUUUCACUUCAACACGAUGUCGUGGCAGCAUUGAUAAAUUUUCGUUCUGAAGCCGCCUGGUAAAGAUGUAAUUCCCUCGCUACCUGCUUUCCGUGGUGGAUGGAAAACAGAACUCGUGGGCCUUUGAACCGCUAUUUUGAAGUUGGAAGCUACGCACAUUAGAGCCAUCACGAAACGGAAGUUCUUCUCUCGGCGUCUUAAUUUGUGUACGGAAUCACAUCAUCGAUGGCAAUGCAAAAAACAACUCCAAUUGUAGCUUUUACAUCAUGUCGGCCCAGGACUUCUGGAAAUCUUCUAUCCGUGGAAAAUAUAUACGGAAAAGGUACGUGCAUUGAUUUUGGAACAAUCCCGGGAUGAGGGGACUCAGGGGAGAGCUUCUAAGCUCUUAUAUCAUGGGGAUGCUUGUUGCCUGAUCAGUUCACUGACCCGUCUGGUUUUGCCAAUGAUGAAUGCCGCUCGCUGGCUUCAUUUAUGCAUCAAGAAAAGAUCAUAUGCAACUCACCUGAAGUCACUUCAUGUUUGUAAAGACGACGAACAAAAUCCUUUGACGGACAAAACGUUUCUUGAGGCUGUCAAACAGGUCUAUUCUAAGGAAAAAUGUGGAAGGAUUGGUUGAUUUUCGAACUUGAGAAAAUCUAGUUUAUAGGUGUAUGAUAUCCCCGUCCCUGGUAAAAUUUUCAUGGUAUUUCGUUUCCCUCCAAGUUCCGGGUUAUUUUCGGAUGAGGUUGAACGGUGAUAGUCGCAGUCAUCGACACAAAAAGUAUUGGCGAAGUAUUCGUCUAGAACUUGACCAACAACGUAUAAAGCUUCUUACAGACUAGCUAUUCAACGUAACAAAUUUAUCUCAACCAAAAGAAAAAUAUGUUACAUGACUUUUGCUAACAUAGCGCAGUUCGAAACCUACCCGGAUGACUAUGUUGAUCAUAUCAAACCCAACGAUCUUCCAUCGACAACCAAUGAAUAUGACUUCGUACCUCCACUAUCCUCGAAAAUGGUACCGCCUAUAGGUCCAAAGCACAUGUUGCACCUUUUCAAAAAUUGUUCUGCAAUAUCUCAAGUCAAUUCAAGCUUUUACCUUCAACGAAUCCCCUGCAGGAAGAUUGAAACUGAUCGUUUUUAAAGCGAGCAGUCUCAACGAAAACCUAGGCUGGGGAUUACACUUUGUGGAAGGACUAAAUACGUCCCUGGCUGUGACCCUUAUGUUUAUCGUUUCCUCAAACUUAGGGAUAGCAUUUGCGAUCUCUUGGCCCUUGGGCAAUGUUGGAAAAGGAUAUCCAAGGAGCAUUUGCGGUUGCUGCCUGUGUCACAAGUGUUGCAACCUUGGCGGUAAUGACUUGGUAAAUGCGGGCUUUUUGAAAAUAUGGCCAUGCUUUCAUCGUUAAACGCCGUCUAAUCAUCCAUCUUUCACAAUCCUAUCUGAUGAGAUGUGCUCCACUUCGACCUAACAAACACCAUGUCCGUGCUGCUGAGCACGUGUUCAGUUGCGUUUGAAGCAGAGAGCGCGAUAGCCGAGUCAUUAAAUCGUACUUAUCCUGACCCGAGGGACGAAUUAUGCAUACAAGCUUUACAUUUGAGGCGG